AUGGGGAAGUCGGAAAGCCCAGUGGGGAUGGAGAGAGCCAGCCCACCCGCGCAGAAGCGCAGAGGCUUCCUAGAGUGGGCGCUGCUGCUGCUGGUGACAGCAGCCCUGGUGGUCCUGGGCAUCCUCUACAGCAGAGGGAAGCAGCUGCCCCCCUUUACUAGCCGGCCGUACUUCUCCCAGGAAGAGACGACCACCAUAAAACGAAAACCCCGAGCCAUCAAAGAGUCCUCGCCUUCGGAGGUCUGCACCACCUCGGGCUGCGUGAUGGCAGCUGCUAGGAUCCUGCAGAACAUGGACCCAACCAAGGAGCCCUGUGACGACUUCUACCAGUACGCCUGCGGAGGCUGGCUGCGGCGUCACGUGAUCCCCGAGACCAGCUCGCGGUACAGCGUCUUCGACAUCCUGCGCGAUGAGCUGGAGGUCAUCCUCAAAGGUGUGCUGGAGAAGUCCACUGACAAGGACCGGCCCGCAGUGGAGAAGGCCAAGAUGCUGUACCGCUCCUGCAUGAACAAGAGCGUGAUAGAGAAACGAGACUCUCGGCCCCUGUUGGACGUCCUAGAGACCGUGGGAGGGUGGCCAGUGAUCAUGGACAAAUGGAAUGAGACCAAAGGCCCCCAGUGGAAGCUGGAGCAGCAGCUGGCCCUGAUGAACGCUCAGUUCAACAGGCGCAUCCUCAUCGACCUCUUCAUCUGGAAUGACGACCAGAACUCCAGCCGCCACAUCAUCUACAUAGACCAGCCCACCUUGGGCAUGCCCUCCCGGGAGUACUACUUCAGCGAGGGUGACAGCAAGAAGGUGCGGGAAGCCUACCUGCAGUUCAUGAUAUCGGUGGCCACCAUGCUGCGGAAGGACAAGAAGCUCCCCAAGGACAACAAGCUAGUGCGGAAGGACAUGACGCAGGUGCUGGAGCUGGAGACGCACCUGGCCAACGCCACAGUGCCCCAGGAGGAGAGACACGACGUCACGGCCCUGUACCACAGGAUGAACCUGAAAGACCUCCAGCACAAGUUUUCCCUGAAGGGAUUCAACUGGACUCUGUUCAUACAGUCCGUGCUGUCCUCGGUCAAGAUCAUGCUGCUGCCCAAUGAGGAGGUGGUGGUCUAUGGCGUUCCUUACCUGCAGAACCUCGAAGAGGUCAUCCACAUGUACCCUCCCAGGACCAUGCAGAACUACCUGGUCUGGCGCCUGGUGCUGGAUCGCAUCAGCACCCUGAGCCAGCGAUUCAAGGACGCGCGCGGGAGCUAUCGCAAGGCGCUGUACGGCACCACGGUGAAGGAGGUGCGCUGGCAGGAGUGCGUGGGCUACGUGAACAGCAACAUGGAGAGCGCCGUGGGCUCCCUCUACGUCAAGAAGGCCUUCUCCAAGGACAGCAAGAACAUGGUCAAAGAACUCAUCAACAAGGUGCGGGCUGUGUUUGUGGAGACCCUGGAUGAGCUGAACUGGAUGGACGAGGAGUCUAAGAAGAAGGCCCAGGAGAAGGCCAUGGGCAUCCAGGAGCAGAUCGGCUACCCAGACUACAUCCUGGAGGGGAACAAGCGCUUGGACGAGGAGUAUUCCAGCCUGAACUUCUCAGAGGACCUGUACUUUGAGAAUGGGCUACAGAACCUCAAGGCCAAUGCCCACAGGAGCCUCAAGAAGCUUCGGGAACAGGUGGACCAGAAUCUCUGGAUCAUCGGGGCUGCCGUGGUCAACGCAUUCUACUCUCCAAACCGAAACCAGAUUGUUUUCCCUGCUGGGAUCCUCCAGCCACCCUUCUUCAGCAAGGAACAGCCGCAGGCCCUGAACUUCGGGGGCAUCGGGAUGGUGAUUGGGCACGAGAUCACACAUGGCUUUGAUGACAACGGCCGGAACUUCGACAAGAACGGCAACAUGCUGGACUGGUGGAGCAACUUCUCGGCCUGGCACUUCCGGAAGCAGUCGGAGUGCAUGGUCUACCAGUACAGCAACUACACCUGGGACCUGGCUGACAAGCAGAACGUGAACGGAUACAGCACCCUGGGGGAGAACAUCGCGGACAACGGAGGAGUGCGGCAGGCGUACAAGGCUUACUUAAAGUGGACCAAGGAGGGCGGCAAGGACCAGCAACUACCAGGACUGAAGCUGACCUGCAAUCAGCUCUUCUUCGUCAACUACGCCCAGGUGUGGUGCGGGUCCUACCGGCCUGAGUUUGCCAUCCAGUCCAUCAAGACUGACGUCCACAGUCCCCUGAAGUACAGGGUGCUGGGCUCAUUGCAGAACCUGGCUGCCUUCGCUGACACCUUCCACUGCACCCAGGGGUCCCGCAUGUACCCCAAGAAGCGAUGCCGCGUCUGGUAGCCAAGGCUGAAGCACACUGUGCGGUCCACACCCACCCGCUGCCCAGAGGC